UUUUGCUGCAUUUCCCACCAAUCUCGCCGAUUUGUGCGUCUGUGCGCGCGAGUGUGUGGAGCCUCGCUGCGCCGCGCCGGGGACGACAACUAAGUGACUUGCAGGAUGAGAGCAGCCUGAGCAAGGCGGUUCGAUCCCCAACCCCCCACCUCCCGCUCACUUUUCCCCGACUCGCGUGGACAUAUCGCAGCGCAGAGGAAUACUGCGCACACGGAGAAAAAAAAAAAAAAGAGAGGAGCCAUCCCGCGCAGAAAAAUGUGAGUAACAACGCGAACUGCUUGCACUUACUGCUGCCCCGACCGGCGCCAAUUACGCACGUGAAUAUUCAGUGGAGCGCCGAUCAUUUCCCCCCCCCCUUAGUGUCUUUUUUUUGUGUGUGUUUGUUAUUAAUACCAGUGAGGCGUCAUUUAAUUUCACAAAGGAGGAGAGAGGGGAAACUUGAUACCUUCCACUGCAGCAGGAGUGAUGUAGAAGUGUCACACAGAAAAGCAGCGUUUUAUUCCAACAUCCUGACGAGCAACUGCUUUUUUUUUUUUUUUUUUUUUUUUUUUUGGAGGGGGUCAUUUCGGUUGGACACUGACAAGAGAGCAAUGAGGACUACUGGCGCAGUGGACUCUUUAUACUACUGCAUGCUCAUCCUGCAGUUUGUGCAUCAGCCCGCCGCCAAGAAGGUGCUCCGGUACCGCCUGGCCGAGGAGGGACCGCCAGACGUGCGGGUGGGCAAUGUGGCCGCCGACCUGGGCAUCGCCACGGGCUCCAGCGAGGUGACAUUCACGCUCGAGUCCGGCUCCGAUUUUUUCAAAAUCGACAAUAUCACGGGCGAGCUCACCACCAACGAGAGACGCAUCGACCGUGAGAAAUUACAACAGUGCCAAAUGAUAUUCGACGAGAACGAGUGCUUCAUUGAUUUCGAGGUGUCAGUCAUUGGACCGGCCCAGAGCUGGGUUGACCUCUUUGAGGGAAAGGUCAUCAUAUUAGAUAUUAACGAUAACACUCCUUCCUUCCCAUCACCUGUGCUGACACUGUCCGUGGAGGAAAACAGACCGAUCGGAACCCUUUAUCUGCUGCCCACGGCCACAGACAGAGAUUUUGGCAGGAACGGGAUCGAGAGGUACGAGCUCAUUCAGGACAGCGUGGAGAACUCCAGGCGCUCCUCGGGAGACUCGUACUCGGGGAAGAGAAGAUUUGACGACGGGGCGAGCAGAAGCAGCGUUUUCGAGCUGCAAGUCGCCGACACCACUGACGGCGAGAAGCAGCCCCAGCUCAUCAUUAAAGGGGUACUCGAUAGGGAGCAGAGAGACUCCUACGAGCUCACGCUCCGCGUGAGGGACGGCGGCAAUCCUCCCCGUUCCUCCCAGGCCAUCCUCAGGGUCAUGAUCACCGACGUGAAUGACAACAGCCCUCGUUUUGAGAAGAGCGUGUAUGAGGCCGACCUGCAGGAGAACAGCUCCCCUGGGGCCCCCAUACUGCAGCUCAAAGCGGCAGACGCAGACGUGGGGGUGAACGGUCAAAUCGAGUACGUGUUCGGGGCAGCCACAGAGUCCGUGCGGCGGCUGCUGAGGUUGGACGAGAGCACGGGGUGGCUAAGUGUGCUGCACCGCAUCGACCGCGAAGAAGUGAGCCAGCUGAGGUUUACGGUGAUGGCCCGUGAUCGAGGCCAGCCCCCCAAAAUGGACAAGGCCACCGUGGUCUUGAACAUCAAGGAUGAGAACGACAACGUCCCUGCCAUAGAAAUACGAAAGAUUGGACGUAUUUUCCUCAAGGACGGCGUCGCCAACGUGGCCGAGGACGUCGUGGUCGACACGCCCAUUGCCCUCGUGCAGGUGUCAGAUCGCGACCAGGGCGAGAACGGCAUCGUGACCUGCACGGUGGUCGGUGACGUGCCCUUCCAACUCAAACCGGCCAGCGAGAUGGAGGGUGAGCAGAACAAAAAGAAAUACUUCCUCCAUACGUCGGCACCACUGGACUACGAGGCCGUGCAGGAAUACAACGUCGUCAUAGUGGCGGUGGACUCCGGAAGCCCCAGCCUGGCAAGCAAUAACUCUCUCAUUGUCAAAGUGGGCGACACCAAUGACAACGCUCCCGUCUUCAACCUGAACGUCGUGGAGGUGUCAUUCCCGGAGAACAACGCUCCAGGCGAGAGGGUGACAACGGUGGCCGCCAAUGACGCGGAUAGCGGGAAGAACGCGGAAAUCAUCUAUUCCCUCGACUCGUCAGUAAAUGGAAUCUUCUCAGUUGACGCGGACAGCGGCGACAUCCGUGUGAACACCAUCCUGGACCGAGAGCAAACUGAGCGCUAUGAAUUUAAAGUGAUCGGGAAAGAUAAGGGCAUAAACACCUUACAGGGCUCUGCAACGGUAGUUGUCCUUGUGGCAGACAAAAAUGACAACGAGCCAAAGUUCAUGCAAGACGUGUUUACCUUUUAUGUCAAAGAGAACCUUGAGCCAAACAGCCCCGUUGGCAUGGUCACAGUCAUCGAUGCAGACAAAGGUCAAAAUGCAGAAAUGAGUCUUUUUAUUGAGGAGGAGGAAGAAAUAUUUUCAAUUGAGAAUGAUACCGGGACCAUUUUCUCCACCCUGUCCUUCGACCGUGAGCAGAAAACCACGUACACGUUCCGCGUGAAAGCCAUGGACAGGGGCGAACCGCCCCGGUCGGCCACUGCCACGGUCUCGUUGUUUGUCAUGGAUGACAACGACAACGCACCGACCGUCACGUUCCCUAUAAACAACUCCUACACCCUCCUUCCACCUUCCAGCAACAUCAGAACCGUAGUGAGAACGGUCAUUGCCACGGACACCGACACAGGCAUCAACGCAGACCUCAGCUACAGCAUUGUCAGCGGGAAUCCCUUCAGGCUGUUUGAGAUCGACGGCGCUACCGGGGUGAUUUCACUGGUUGGAAAACUGGAGCAGAAGCACUAUGGACUGCACCGGCUUGUGGUCCAGGUGAACGAUAGCGGGCAGCCGUCCCAGAGCACCACUACGCUCGUCCACGUCUAUGUUAACGAGACUCUUUCCAAUUCCACUGUUGUGGAGGCACAGGUGGCAAAGAGCCUGAGCACGUCUCUCAAUACUAACAUCGCCGGUGACCCGAAUUAUGACCUGAGCAAACAACGUCUGAGCAUAGUCAUUGGUGUUGUUUCGGGAAUCAUGACAGUCAUCCUCAUCAUCCUGGUGGUCGUCAUGGCCCGCUACUGCCGCCCAAAGAAUAAAAAUGGCUACGGCGGCAAGAAGGACCACGAAGACUUCUUCACGCCGCAGCAACACGACAAGUCUAAGAAGCCCAAAAAAGACAAGCGCAAGCAGAAAUCCAAGCAGCCACUCUACAGCAGUAUCGUGACGGUGGAGGCCUCCAAGCCGAACGGUCAGCGCUACGAUGGAGUCAACGAGAAGCUGUCAGACAGCCCCGGAAUGGGCCGCUACCGUUCCGUCAACGGCGGUCCCGGCAGUCCCGAUCUGGCCCGACACUACAAGUCCAGCUCACCGCUCCCCACGGUCCAGCUUCACCCGCAGUCGCCCACGGCCGGCAAAAAGCACCAGGCGGUUCAGGACCUGCCCCCGGCCAAUACGUUCGUUGGCACCGGAGAUAACAUUUCACUGGGAUCGGACCACUGCUCCGAUUACAGCAGUCAGACCAUCAACAAGUACAACAAACAGCCGUUUCGCCGAGUGACCUUCUCGGUGGUGAGCCAGCCCCAGGACCCUCACCAACAGGGAUCGCUGCAGAGCUGCUACGACAGCGGCCUAGAUGAAUCCGAGACGCCGAGCAGCAAGAGUUCAUCGGGGCCCCGACUGGGUGCACUGCCCCUCCCCGAGGACAGCUACGAGAGGACCACGCCGGAUGGCAGUGUCGACUCUCGGCCAUUGCCUGACGUAGCCAUGACCGGCAAAUGCACCCGGGAAUGCGACGAGUACGGCCACUCGGACUCCUGCUGGAUGCCCGUCCGCACGUCGCCCGAGCGGCGGCCAUCCAAGUCCACCACCAACCCCCAACAACCAAAGCUUUCCACUUUCAUGAGCGGCAACGGUAGCAGCGGCAGCGGCAGCAGCAGCAGCAGCAGCCAAGAGCAGCCCGGCAGCCAAGAGACCCUCGCCAUGGCGGCCAUGGCCAACGGAGACCCCGCCACCAGCAACAUGCUGGGCGACCGCAAUCGCAACCUACUUAGUAAGAAGAUGGCCUCCUCCUCCUCCUCCUCCUAUGAGACCUUCGGCUCACCUCCGUACGGCUCGCCGGGAGGCGCAGAGGAGACCCUGGGCCAUCCCACCGAAGAGAUCCCGAUGGCGCCCGCCGGGGAGUACAAGCCCACCUCCUGUGGUACUCUGACCCGACGGGAGGUGUACCUGUGAGCGACCGCGACUUCUGGGGCCGCGAGUUUGUGUAGUAGCCAGCACACUACUACAUCUUACGGCCCUCGCUAGUUUAGCCACCGACUUGUACCGAGCGAGUUCGGACUAAAAACGACUCCAAAGACUUUUACAAGAAAAACGUAAAGACAAUGGCCUUUUUUUCUUUCCUUUUCUUUUUUUAAAGCGCUACAAACGGGAUAUCAAGCUGGCAAGUCGGGCUCUUGCGACACAGUCUGCUGCCAGAUAGUCCACCUGUUACGACGUUUUUUUUUUUUUUUUUUUACACACACACACACACACACUACAUGCAUGCAUCUACAUUCAUCACCACAUAGACACUCCUUUUAAAAAUGGGGGAGGAAAAAAAAAAAAAAAGAAAAGAAAAUAGACCAUCUUUUUUCUAAAAUGGAGGCAAAACUUGCCUCAAAACGUCUCUGGAUAUAACAGCUUUUUUUUUUUUUUUUUCUUUUGGAUCCGCCCGCAACAAUAUACAGGCCGUCGGUCCCAAUCAUUCCGAAAGGAGAUGUCGGCAAAGACUCCAUCUCAAAACGGUGCUGCGCUUUACGUCCCUCGCGCCGAGACUCUCGCGCGCGAGCGACGUCACCGCACCGACCGCGACACCCGCUCCGUCGUGAUUAAAACUUGUACAGAAACACUUGGGACUCCGUUCCUUCUUUUCCCUCCUCGUCGCUUUGAGUCUCGAUUGGGAUUGGUGAGACCCAGGCCCCCCCCCACACUCCCCACCCACCCAACCCGACCCCCGAAGCAGAACAUCUGUGCUGCAGACUUUGCGGUUGUCACUGAGAGAACCAGAUUCAUGAACUUGAGCAGCCCGAUUAUUCCUGGUAAGCAAGUGAGCAGGAGAUUAAAAUGAAAAAUAGAAAUUUGCUGUGUACAGGCCAGAUGUGCACACGUGUAUAGGCUAUACUGUAAGUAGUACAGGAGUAGGUUCAUGAUUGAGUGCUCGUCUGAUUUUUUUUUUUUUUUUUUUACUUCAUGGUGGGACAGACUGAGCAAUAAAUAUCACAAUGUAAACAUUUACCAAUCAAUCAUUGUUUCUCGAUGUUUUCUAACAUUAUUCCUCUCGAGCGUUCAAAAGGUAACUGUACUAAUAAGCGGAAGAUGUUGCUCUCCAGAGCCCGCGCUAUCUUAUCGAGUAUGAAUGUAAGAAUCAGCUCAAGCAAAGUGAAAACAAUCAAAAAGCUACACAUAAUUGACUUUGCCUUUUAUCCCUUUGUGUUGUACGCCUGACACCCGAACUUCAAACAUUCCGCAUUGUUUUUGGAGUGUUAUUGUCAAUUGAUGGGUUUAACGUGCCCCCCCCACCCCCUCCUUCUCCUCACACACACACAGUGGCUUCCUUCUGCUGGAAUAACGAAUAAUAUGAAAUGCAAUGGAUUUUUAUUGUUGCAUUUGCAUCUUUUGGGGUAUUUUUGCAAAGCCCUACGGGAUCGGAUGGAGUGGCAAUUUCUGCAUUCUGGCUCUCUAUCGUCUGUAAGUACUACUCGUCGUCAGAAAGACAGUGCUCCUAUACUUAUCAAUUGUAUACAUGAAUAUUUACUUUUUUUUUUUUUUUUUUAACUGCACGCUUUAUGGGACUUUGCUUCGUGAGAAGGCAGAAGAAAAAAAAAAUAUGGUAAAACAAAAUGUAGAAAAAAAAAAAUACCCCUGUAACAUUGGAAUCCACUUUGUUGCUUGCUUACUUUAUAACUAAUGAAACAUUAGCAAUGUAGUCCGACAAAGUACUUUUUGAUGUUUCAUAACAUGCCAACCGCUAAAUUCUCCCCGCGUUUCGGCAACGGAAUUCAUUGACAUCACUUGAACGACAACUGAAAUUGUACUGGAUUUUAACCCUCUCCCUUAUCUGGUGUCAUUUUGUAAAUAUUCUGUGCUCCUGAACAAAGAAGAGAAAAAAAUGAGAGAGUGAAUGCAAAAUUGCAAUUGUGCCUUUUUAUACCAAUUGGUAUGAUUCUAACGUUGGUUUGCGGUGGCCCGGGGAGACGUUUUCAUCGUGCUCUCGAAGACUUUCUGGGGGAUUCGCCAGUCAGAUGUCGGCGAGCCACAUUUUAAAUUGCGUGUUAAAGUAUCCAUUCCUAGCGUAGUGCAUUAACGAAUGAUUCCAGGUACGUUCAAAAUUUUGCUCUUUGGUAGCGAUAACGAUAAAAUGGGUUCUUUGUCACGCCCUCCCCGGACGUACCUGCGCUUGCUCUGCAAUUUAUCGGCCAGCGUUCAUCUAAAAUUACAGGAGCAAUGCAAACCAUCGGGGUGAUGACGAUGAUUAAUACGGAAUUAAACAAAUUGCCAAUCCCGCUGACUGGGAAGGAGAUCGUCGAAACUUUGAUGCUAAUCGCUUGUAUUUGAUAAUACCGCUUAGGAUAAAUUGACGAGUUUGCGAGACGUUCUUUGCAUGAAACAAGCUCUUGGAAUGAAUAUAGAGGGGUAGAAAGUUAGCGUGGUCAUUGGGGAAAACAAAAAAAAAAAAACAAGUGCUGGGAGACAAUUUCUCACAGUUGGGGCGGGGCGACAGAUGAAAACUGUAAAUGCGGUGGUUCCACUCCUUUGUUGCCUGAGGUCCGUGCUCAGCCCGAACCCUCGCGUGUCCACAACGUAACCAGAUCUGUAAUAUUAACCAGUAUUUGUCCUUGCGACUUGGAUGUUGAUAUAGAACUCGAGGAAACCUGACUUAUCAUUGUUAAAUAUGAGUCACUAUGCACGCAGCUUACCUGAACAUGGCAACGUGUAUUGAACGCAAGUCCACUUCUAUUUAUAAGAUAUUUUAUGUAAGUUAAUUUGCUUUUGUACAGGUUUGUGUAGAUAAAAGCGCUUGUCAUUUUUGUCCCUGCAAAAAUUAA